AUUAUUGCCCCACACCUCCGCCCCUGCCUACAAGCUUGAAACCCUAAUCCUAAUUCUCCCGCUCGCGUGCACCCAACAAUGAAGAAGCCGAAGAUUAUAGCCUCUUCCUCCACGUUCACGCCAAUCAUUGACCUGAAAUCAGUAAUCCGAUCCCACAGCCAAUUCUUCGACCACUUAGUUGAAUUGAUUCCAGCAAAAUUUUACCUCUCAAACGAUGAUGCAGAUUCCAAGCCCUGGUACCAGGGUCUCUCAAAAGCGGCCAAAGCCUCUCUGAAACAACAGUCCAGGGUAAACGUUAAACUCGCCCGCCGCAACCGCCUUGACCCGGAGAACAAGUCAUCCUCCUCCACACUCCACCUUCUCCAACAACAGAUUAACAAAAUGUCAGAGUCUGACCCUGAUGAACUGAAUCGGAAGGGUAGUUUUGGUGAUUUGGAAGAGGAUGGUGAUGAAGGGGAGAUUCGGGGUAAGUCUGUUGAUUUGGAGGAGGGAGUUGGGAAUGUUAAUAGGAACGAGUCUGCUACUUAUGAAGAGUUGCGGCAGAGAUUGCGGAGAAAGAUUGAGUUGUUGCGUGGCAAUCGCGGAGAGGGUGGAGGAAAAAAGGUUGAUGAUAAGAAGGUGAAGAAUGAUGGAAAGAAAAGGAAAAGGGCUGAGAAUGACGGGGAGGAGAGCGGCAAGUCCGGGAAUGUGGAUGUGAAUGAAGGGGAAGAUGCGGAGGAGAUUAUUGAAUAUGGGAAAGUGAAAUUAGGGGGUGAAGAGGAGAGGAAGAAGAAGAAGAAGAAGAAGAAAAUGUCGAAGGUGAAGGAAUUGGAAAGAGCGAAGAGGUUGCAGGAGGUGAAGAGGGAGAACAUGGGUGUGGCUGAGAGGGAGUCAUGGAGGGCGGCUACCAGCCGAGCAAUGGGGGUGAAGGUGCAUGAUGAUGCACGAAUUAUCAAGGAGAGCGUGAAGAAGGAGAAGAGGAAGAAGGAGAAGAAUGCAGAGAAGUGGAAGGAGAGGGUGGAGUCACAACAGAAGAUGAAGAAGGAGAGACAACAAAAGAGGAAAGAUAACAUCAUGGGGAGGAUUAAGGAGAAGAAGGCCAGGAAGAUUGCCAAGCGCGAGAAGAAGUUGACGAGGCCUGGGUUUGAGGGACGAAAGGUGGGCUACAUUACUGCUCAAGAUUGAAGGUUUAAGAAGUUAACUUUUUCUCUUAUAUAUCUAAAUGAGUGGAUUAUUUCUACAGUUGUCCUCAUAUAAGCAGGGAAUCCUUAUUCCAUGCAAGAAUUUUGUGGUUUUGAGCAUCUAGAAGAUAAACUCAAAUGUCAUGUUGUACUCUGCUGGUUAAAUGAUUGACUUUUUUUGUCAUUGCAAUUGGUUCAUUUUACAAAGUUGCAGCUAUGUAUCUUAGUAAAAUUUAAUUUGAAUUUUGAGUAAUAGGUGUUGGGGUGCUUUAUUUUA